AUGAUAAUUAAAGAGGAUUUAAAUUAGUUUGACACUAAAUCGUAGAUAAUAUCAAAGAAAGAAUUGUAAUUAAAUGCUACAGAUAAACUUAUUCUUAAUUUCAAAAGAACCUUAGCCUAUAUCUAGAACUUGAAAAUUAAUAUAAUUUUCGAUGAAUAUACAUACUAAUCUUCGUAGUUAGAAGAUUAAUACCAAAAUUAACAACAGGACCUUGAUAUUCCAAUUAAUCAUAUCCCAAGAAGAUCUAAAAAAGGAAAAAUAUUACCUUAGAACUAGUCAUCGAAAAUAUUUUAAAUUUGUUCUUAUUGUAAGAAAUAGAUCCUAUCAGAAGUUGGAUUGGGAGAUAAUUUGAAAAAGAAGAGAAAAAUUUGA